AAAAAACAAUUAGUGUCCUCUGCAAGCCAAAUUUCUUCAACAUCCAAUGUUUUUAAUGAAAUAAUGAAUGCAGCAACCAGAAAGAGUUUACCAAAUUUAAAACUAACAACAAAUUACAAUGACCGAUUAUAUAAUAGUUUGUUGGCACUUUUGGAUAAUGAUAAGCAUUCUACUUUUAAGCUUCAUAGCAUUAAAAUAUCAUCGAUUUUCCUUCAGUUACUAUUAUAUCAGCAAAAUUCUUAUUAUAAAAAUGGUUCAAAUUACAAAACUACUUUAAGUUAUAAAGAGUUAAGUUUUAUGCUAAAGCUAUGGGCGAGUAAAGCUUGUUGGAAUCAACCUGUAACUGCAUCCUUGGAAUUAAGUUUAGUAGCUCCUAGAAGUUCUGAAAAUGAUAGUACACUUGAAAUGCGAUCAUCAUGUUUAUUUAAUGAUAUUCAAGAGAUAUAUUUGCCACAGGAGAAUGUAAAUGCAAGCAGGGAUAUGCAAAUACAAGCAGGAUAUGCAAAUGCAAGUAGGGGUAUGCAAAUACAAGCAGAGUAUACAAAUGCAAGCAGGGGUAUGCAAAUGCAAGCAGAGGUAUGCAAAUACAAGCAGGAGGGUAUGCAAAUGCAAGCAGAUACAACUAGGGGUAUGCAAAUACAAGCAAAUACAAGCAGAAAUGUGCAAAUGCAAGCAGGGGUACGCAAAUGCAAGCAGGGGUAUGCAAAUACAAGUAGGUAUGCAAAUACAAGCAAAUACAAGCAUAGUAUGCAAAUGCAAGCAGGAGUAUGCAAAUACAAGCAGGAGUAUGCAAAUGCAAGCAGGAGCAUGCAAAUACAAGUAGGCAAAGAUAUGCAAAUACAAGCAGGGUACGCAAAUGCAAGCAGGGGUAUGCAAAUGCAAGCAGAGAUAUACAAAUAUAAGCAGGAGUAUGCAAAUACAAGUAGGGGUAUGCAAAUACAAGCAAAUAUAAGCAGAGCAAAUACAAGCAGAGAUAUGCAAAUACAAGUAGGAGUAUACAAAUAUAAGCAGGAAAAUGCAAAUACAAGCAGAAGUAUGCAAAUGCAAGCAGAGGUAUUCAAAUACAGACAGGGGUAUACAAAUGCAAGCUCGGGUAUGCAAAUACAAGCAAAUACAAGCAAGGGUAUACAAAUGCAAGUAGGAGUAUACAAAUAUAAACAGGAGAAUGCAAAUACAAGUAGGGCAAAUGCAAGCAGGAGUACGCAAAUGCAAGCAGGGUAUGCAAAUACAAGUAGGAGUACACAAAUGCAAGCAGGGUAUACAAAUACAAGCAAAUACAAGCAGAAGUAUGCAAAUGCAAAUAGGAGUAUACAAAUAUAA